AUUAAACCGUCGACGUCAUCGCAGGCGGACAUAUUCGUUCCGACAUUUUGACAUUUAUCUCCCGGUUGCUGAAUUCAAUUGGAUUUUUCUCUUACUUCUGUGUACUCUCCUUUCAUCAUGGAUGAAGAAUACGACGCAAUCGUUCUUGGGACGGGCCUCAAGGAGUGCAUUCUCAGUGGAAUGCUCUCUGUCUCCGGCAAGAAGGUAUUGCACAUUGAUCGUAACAAGUACUACGGUGGUGAAUCUGCGUCAAUUACCCCGUUAGAAGAGCUGUUCGCAAAGUUCAACGCACCGGCGCCGGACGAGACCUACGGUCGAGGUCGCGACUGGAACGUGGAUCUGAUCCCCAAAUUUUUGAUGGCAAAUGGGCUCCUCGUGAAAUUGCUCAUCCAUACGGGCGUCACCCGCUAUCUGGAGUUCAAGUCUGUGGAAGGCAGCUAUGUCUACAAGGGCGGUAAGAUUUCUAAAGUCCCCGUGGACCAAAAAGAAGCUCUUGCAUCGGAUCUUAUGGGCAUGUUUGAGAAAAGGCGUUUCCGUAAUUUCCUGAUCUACGUCCAGGACUUCCAAGAAGAGGAUGCUAAGACGUGGAAGGAUUUCGAUCCUAGCCAAGCAAAUAUGCAGUCACUGUAUGACAAGUUUGGCCUGGACAGAAACACUCAGGACUUCACUGGGCAUGCCCUGGCUCUGUACCUGGAUGACAGCUACCUUCAGCAGCCGGCUAUACAAACUAUUCGCCGCAUUAAAUUGUACUCCGAUUCUCUCGCACGGUAUGGUAAAUCGCCAUACUUGUAUCCCAUGUAUGGACUUGGUGAGUUGCCUCAGGGCUUUGCCCGUCUUUCUGCUAUUUAUGGAGGCACUUAUAUGUUGGAUAAGCCUAUUGAUGAGAUUGUGCUGGGAGAAGGUGGCAAAGUUGUUGGUGUCCGCUCCGGCAACGAGAUUGCAAAAUGUAAGCAAGUGUACUGUGACCCCAGCUACGUUCCUGACAGAGUCCGCAAGAAGGGCCAGGUCAUACGCUGCAUUUGUUUGUUAGAUCAUCCCAUUGCUAAUACAAAGGAUGCACUGUCUACCCAAAUUAUUAUUCCUCAGAAGCAAGUGGGCAGACAAUCUGACAUCUAUGUGUCGCUGGUGUCGUACACCCACCAGGUUGCUGCUAAGGGAUGGUUCAUUGCCAUGGUCUCCACUACUGUUGAGACUAAUGACCCUGAGACUGAAAUCAAACCUGGUCUGGACCUCCUAGGACACAUCAGACAGAAGUUUGUGUCUGUCACAGACUACUAUGAGCCCACAGAUGAUGGCAGCCAGAGCCAAAUCUUCAUAUCUGAGUCCUAUGAUGCUACCUCUCACUUUGAAACUACUUGCUUAGAUGUGAUUAAGAUUUACAAGCGUGGUACUGGUGAAGAUUUUGACUUCUCCAAAGUGAAGGUAGAGUUGGGAGAGGAAGACCAGUGAACAAGUCCUGUAAUGUAUAUGUAUAUUGCUUGUUAAUUUUAAAUAUUUGUUUAUGAACUGUUCUGGCAACAAUAAUAUUCAUUAGGGUCUAUUGGGUAAAGUUUGUAAGAGCUUAGAUGUAUUGGCAGUAGAUUGUACUUGUGUAAAAUGCUCACCCAAGUGGUUCCAGCAAACAAUUUCUUUAUUUUAUUUUACCAAAAAAUAUGGCAAUACAUUGUUAUUUAAAAGAUUUUAUUCCUCAUUUAAGAUUGCUUUUAUUAUUUAAGUAUACAAUGCAUAAGUGAUCUGCACAACUGAAGUGAUGGUAUUAGAAUCGAACAAUAUGCAUUCCACUUCCACUUUGGUACAUUAUUUGGUCCUGUAACCAUAUCAUACUUGUAAUAUGUCGAAAUUAGAAUGCUCAUUAUACCUGUAUGUUCUGUGUAAGAUCAUGAAUAAAGUUAUAUAAAUAAAAACGCA